GUAAGACAAAGAAGUAAAAAAUAGCGUGAACAACAAACUCUCUAAACAAGAUUGUGACAUAGUGUUUUUGUUCAAAAUAUUUUACUGGCAUUAUACCUAGCAUUUUUUAUUCUAAAUAAUACAAAGAAUGAGAUGUUCCUUCAGAGUUGACUACUUCCUAGUCCAAACCUCCCACAGGAUGACGGGGGAUGGGAGCGGGCAGAGUUUGAACCCAGGACCAUCAAUAAGUCUGAACGACAGUCCAGCGCACAAACUGCAUGACCAGAUAAAUGUACAGGAAGCACUUCACAUAGAAGUACGAAUCCACCAAAGAAACUUUAGCAAAUGCUGUGACCAAGGCUAAUAACUACAAAGAAGGAAUCAAUCUUAAACAAAAAAUGUCAAUGUGAUGAUUAGGGUAAUCUGUGCAAGUUCAUCAAUCUUGUUAGACAAGAUUCCUGUGCUUUCCAGUUUUAUGUUUUAAACAUUUGACAUAAUUCAUAUGCAUACUGGGCAUGAGAGAAUUUGGAUCUAAAUGACUUUUAGUCCCAUUUUGCUUUAGAAAACAUUUUUGUUACAGUGAAUCUUACAAAGUUUGUGGUUCUUGGGCUCCUUAAAACAAAAGAUUCAAAAGCAGUCACUAUUUACCAAAAUUAGCAGUCAACAGUCUGAAGUAUUACUAGCCUUCUUAUAGAUAGCACACAGAAACAGUUGAUGAGCCAUUUAUUUUGGGGUUUUCCUGGAUAUAACAUUUCAGAAAUGAACAAGUUGAGAAUAUUUUAUAAUGAAGUGGAAAAGAUGAACUGAAUACUCUAAAAAGAAUGACAAAGGCUGAAGUGUAUAUCCCUGAUGGAGGCUGGGGCUGGGUGAUAGUCACAUGCUCUUUCUUGAUCCAUAUGUUUGUGGUGGGAACCAUGUACGCUCUCAGUGUCAUCUAUGUGGCUUGGCUGGACUACUUCGACUCUGGAAAGGGGCUGACCAGCUGGAUAGUGUCAUUAGCUGUGGCUGUCAUGUUUGGAAUAGGUCCAGUUCCUGGUGCCUUGAGUAAGAGGUUCGGAAACCAGGCUGUGGUAAUUAUGGGAAGCAUUGUCAUGUGCAUUGGCUUUUUCAUCAGCUACUUUGCUGUGAACGUCUAUGUUUUAAUUGUUACUAUUGGCAUCAUUGCAGGUUUUGGUGCUGGGUGCUGUUACCUCCCUUCUGUUUCUAUGGUGGCCAUGUACUUCACAACAAAACGUUCAAUAGCCAUGGGGAUAGCUAGUUCAGGACUUGGUGCUGGCGCCUUUUUCAUGGCCCCCUUUAUAAACUGGAUUGUCGACUACUAUGGCUGGCGAGGCAGCAUGUUCAUCUUGGGGGGCAUUUCACUCAACAUGUGUGUGCUGGGCGCUUUGAUGCGUCCUCUGGAAAAGGCCCCGAGGUUUUAUGAUUGCCAUCUGAUAAAACACAAAGAGAUAAGUAUGAUCAAGGAAUCUCCUACUCUGUCCAGGAAAAGUUUUGAUGCAGGAGGAGAUUGUGCUAGGACUCUGGGAAAUUUGGAGAAGUAUGAGAAAAAAUGUGAAGAGGCCUGUCGGGAAGGGCAGAGUAAUGGCCUAAUCAGAACCUGCAGAGGCCCAAAUACUCACCUCUACUCUAUUCUUCCAGCUGUUGACCUUGAGAAAGGAUUCUCACCAACUUCAUUUAGCUUCACUGCCCAACCAGGUUUGUCAUCAGACAGAAACAAAUUGAUUCAGUCACCAUACCCACUAGAUACAUCUACACACACAAGAAGUUUGGAUCGUUUCGGGCGAAAAACUAAAUGUCCUACAACACUUGGCCAAAAAUCCAUAGACAUUGCUUACCAGCCAAAGCCAUACACAAAGCAGAAAGGUAGAAGCUUGGAGGCUCUAAGGUAUGUGGACCACACUGGGCUAGAGCCCAGUAAACAUUACACUAGCGAGCUGGAGCUCAGAUCUAGAAAAUAUCCCCCUACCAAAUACCAGCCUGAGAAUCAAACCCUUUCAUUGACUGAUUUUCAGAUUAUGCUCUCAGGGAGUCUAGGUAGUUUUGCAUUUUUAGACAGUGCUUUCAAAGCUAUAUCAGUGACAACUGAUAGUCGUAAACACAGUUUCAUUGUGCCUGCAACCAAAGGAUCUAUUAGUUUGUUGUCUAAUGGUGAAGAGCAAGUUAUAUGUUCUGAUGAAGCAGUACAAAAGCAGUCUUACUGUUCCAGUCUGUUUGCCUCCUUGGACACUUACAUUGAUUUGAUAUGUAGUCCAACAUUUCUCUUGUUUGGCAUAAGCAAUUUCCUGACCAACUUGUCUUUCUUUAUGCCUGUCUUGUACAUGGUGGAUAGAGCUAAGGACAGUGGGAUAGAAAAGAGUGAGGCAGCCAUGUUGAUCUCCCUAUACGGUGCUGGGAACAUCUUUGGGAAAGUCUUUUUUGGCUGGUUAGCAGAUAGGGAACUGGUCAACAGGCUGUUCUACUACAUCCUGGUUCUGACUGUAUGUGGGGUGUCCACGUGUAUCAGCCCAUUGUGUGGAGCCAGUCCAGUCUUGCACAGUAUAUAUGCCUUUGUCUUCGGUUGUUUUAUUGGGGCCUAUGCCACACUUGUCUCCAUAGUUACAGUAGACCUUAUGGGCCUGGCAGUUGUUGGAGAAGCUUUUGGCCUUCUUCUAAGUUUCAUGGGCAUUGCCACAGCAUUGGGCACACCUGUUGCAGGUUGGAUUUUUGAUUGGACGGGUAGCUACACAAUCUCAUUUGUUUUGCAUGGAAUUUUUAUAUUGGUCAGUGCCUUAAUGCUUAUACCACUUUUGGUGCUGAAAAGAAAUCAGACGAAAAAAUAACUGUGUGUGACUGUUUCAAGAAAAUAAUAGAAAAUUUGUUGUAACAGACACAUUUUUUUUCUCUCUCUUUUUUUUUUUUUUAACUAAAUAUGAACCUAGUGUCCUUGAUGAUGUAGAAAUUAGAAAAUUGGAAAGUUAGUGUCACACCUUCAAAUGUUAGUGAAGUUUUUUCUGUUGUUUCUUUCUUCAAAAUUAUUGUCUCUUGAACUGGUGAAUCCCAGUGUUAGUGUGGUAAUAUUUCUAUUCUUUGUGGUAUCGUGAAAUGAUCUGUGUGAAUAUUAAUCUUAAUUUGUAAAUAAUCGUUUAUAAUGCAGCUUUUUUUUUUGACAAUAGUUAAUAAACCAUCAUAGACGUUAAUUACUUUGGGCAGCAGAAUGUUAAGAUGUAAUUUUUUGUUCAAUUAGAGCUACAAAUAUCGGCAUAGCUGCAUUUUUUUUACAGUUAAAAACUAAAUUUUAGAAAGUAUUUGUAGGUUUUUUUCUUAGUAGUUGGUAGUAUACUUUUCUUUACAAUAUUAAAAUUGUAAAGAUUUAGUUAAACAUCUAUGAAAUUGUUAAAAUAGAAAAGGUGUAGAAUCGUUUAAACCAUGAGGAAGACUUUUUCUCAGGAACAACUACCAUGACAAAAAUGAAAUGUGUUUCUGCCUACUUAAUGUUAGUUAUGUCAGGAUUUCAUAUCAAUGUCUCCCCACCAAAUAUGAGGAUAAAUGAGUUUUUUGAGUAGAACAAAAAGAACAACUGUCUUGUUGACUUGAUCAACCUUAUUGUAAAACAUCAUAUAGACAGGCUUCUAUUACCAUUAUUUAUAUUAAUAUAGUUUGUCCAUCAUGAGUCGAUGAUGACCACUUUUGUCAUCCAAGGGGUUAAGGGCUUUGUGCCUCCUCAUGAGGCUGGUGAGACCUAUGUGCCAACUGGGAGACAGAAACACAUGACAGAGCAUCAUGGCGUAGCGCUGUGAAAACACGGGCAGGCAGAAGAAAAGCGCCACAGAAAAAAAGCAAGGCCAAUGACCAUUAUUAUAUAGACAGGCCCAUAUUAUUCAUAUUACUUUUCAGUUACAACCACAAAUUAAUUUUCUUAUAGAACAGACUAUUUUUGUGUAUAUUCAAUACCUUGCUUGCCAGUGUGUUGCACCUUUGUGUACUUUUAAUAGAGUGCUUAUAGUACAUGUUUACAUUUUUAUUAUUCCUGGAAUCAUUAGUUUUUAUUUUAAACCUUAGCUGUGAAUCCUGUACAUACAAUCUAUAAUUACAUAAUCUAUUUUGUACAAAAAUAUAAAGUGCCAUACAUUUUCAACUCAAAUGUAAACAAAAGAAUAUGAAAUGGAAAGAAAAGUUCAAGUCAAAGAGUUGAUCAAAGUUGAAGACUUUUCUUUCAAGAAAUUUUUUGGAUUUGGUUUCAAUCCAAGUCAAUUUUUCUUUUCUUUUUUUUUAUUCAUAUAUAAAAACAGUUGUCUCUUGCAACAUUGUUUUAUUUUCAUUUAAGUCAAUCUAUAUAUGCAAAACUUUAGACCAUGAGUGAACAAUUUUGUGUUAAGCUUGUAAAACAUGAUGGCCAAGUGGGCAAUUGACUUGUCUAUAUGACAGAAGGUUUAUAGCUUAAAUCCUGAUUGAAACUUUGAUUCUGACAAGCUGUUAAGAUAUCUUAUUGAAGUCCUCCCAGCUCCAAUAGACACACUUGACAUUGCUCAAAGAAGGCAAAGAGGACAAGUUAUUGUGCUGGCCAUAAAAAAUUAUUCUUGAGUCUCACUUGAAGCGUUACUUACACAUCGAUCAAGGAAACUAAGCUAAUAUCAGAAUUUACAAAGCAUUUUCUAGGCUCAUUAAACAAAUCUACAUUCUGUUGCGUAUAAACAUAUAAUAUAUGUACAAUCUCCAGUUGUGUGUUGGAUUUGUUAAAUACCUUUGUCAUUACCUCAAAGCCAGCCUUUCAAUAUCAUGGACUGUUUGUAUUCUUGUGAAUUUCGUUAUUCAUUUCAUUGUAGAAGUAAAUGUUUUUUUGCUGUAUUAUUGUUACACUUUUAUCAGGGAUUUUCAGUUUUCUCUCAUAGUGAAAUGCUGUUGGAGAUACACAUGGUCAGUACCUGAUUGAUUGUUGUGGUCAUGUGACUAAAUUUUUGUUUUCAUCUGACAAAAUGUUGUGGUUAUUUACUAAUUUGACUUUUUGAUUGAAUGCUGUGGUCAUCUCAAAUUAGAGAAUGAUCUAAUGUGGUACUUUCACAAAGUGUUCUGUCUGCCUUAUUAAUGUUUUCCUCUGACUUAAUAAGCUUACUGGUGAUUAGCUAUGAUGACUCCGAGUGCUGUGGUCAAGUAAUUGACAUUCAUUGUCAUUAAUCUAAAAAUGAUUGCUGUGGUUACCUAACUGUAUAUUGAGGUUAUCUCAAGAACCCCUGUGAUCCUCUUACUGAAACAAGAUUAAUCACAAAAACCUAAAGUGGUCAAUUGUGGUCAUAGGCUUGAAUGUGCCUCUAUGCCUUGGGCAUCUAGCAUAAUGAUAUCCAUGUGUAAAUACUGUGUUAAUAUGGCUAUGUAUUGUGGGUUUUCUUCUAUUCUGGAGGCAGCUUUGAUGUUUAAUUUCUGCCCAUUAUUUCCUAGGUAUGUAUUUAUAUCAAUUUUGUUGUGAGCUGGUUACAAGAAAGUAGAUUCCAUUCACUUUAAGUUUGCAAGUUAAUGGUAUAAACAUGCUUCAAGAAGUUAAUAGUGCACAAACAACAAAGGAAUAAAAUAUUUUUGUGUGGUGCAAUUGAUUUUUUUAAAUUAAUUUUUUUUACCUCCCCAUUUUAAAAGCUCCAAAUAUACACUUGCAGAAAUUGUUUGAAUUGUUCAUAUAUUCUUUUAGCUCAGAUUUGUUUUUUAAAUUGUAAGUUUCUAUUUUGUCUGCAAUUUAAGAUUGAUUGCUAUAAUUGAUCUACUUAAAAGUAUCAUAAGAGCUACCAUUCACAAACCUUAAUACACAGACGACCUACAAACAUAAAGACAGUUGAAGUAUAUGUCCUUCAUGUAGUUUUGUUUACUUAAAGUUGUCCAAUUUAAAUUUAAAAAAUAUAUAUAUUUUCUAACUUUAGUUACGAUCAAUGCAAUUUAUUGUGUUUUUAUCAUUUAUUUACUACUUUUGUUUGUGAAAUCUAUUUAAUGGCUGUGUCUUUCUUAUUUUACUUUAUUUUCAAAAGUUUACUUAGUGAUAGAAAAUUCUUGAUAAUAAUAAUAAAAAAAAAAAGUGUAAACAUUGUUUAGCAUGA